AUGAGAUGGAGGCUCACCUCGGGGGUUUUGCGUGAUAAGAAUGUGCCACCUGCACUUAAGGGCACGUUCUACAAAGUGAUGGUUAGACCGACUAUGUUAUAUGAGGCUGAGUGCUUGCUCGUCAAGAAAUUCCAUGUCCAGAAGUUGAAAGUCGCCAAAAUAAGGAUGUUGAGAUGGAUGUGUAGAUAUACCAGGAAGGACAAGAUUAGGAAUAAAGUUAUUACGGAUAAGGUAGAAGUGGCAUCUAUGGAGGACAAGUUGCGGGAAUCUAGGUUGAGAUGGUUCGGGCAUGUGAAAAGGAGAGACAUAGAUGCUCCGAUGAGAGGGUGUGAGAGGUUGUCCAUGGCAGGUCUGAGGAACAAAAGGGAUAGUCCUAAGAAGUAUUGGGGAGAUGUAGUUAAGCAAGACAUGAUAUUGCUCCAGCUUAUCGAGGAUAUGACCCACGAUAGAAAGGUGUGGAGGUUGAGGAUUAGAGUUGUAGGUUGA